UUGAAAAUAACUAAUGUCGGUCGACAAAAGUAGAGAAGAGACGACGAGAAAGUAAAGUCACUUAAGUUAAUCCGCAAACGUUGGAAGGAGAGUGUAGAUGUGAUUUUACUGAGGUUAUGCCAACCCGCCUUAGUUACGACCUGAUAUCUGACGAUGGAAAUGCAGGCCAAAACUUAUAUCAGAGUGGCAGUCUAUGCAGCGAUUUUCAUCGUGGGAUUUUUGGGUAACUUGCUUACUAUUAUUGUUAUUAUUCGUCGGAGACAGAACAUGUCCGCAUAUCAGAUAUUAGUCCUGAACUUGGCGAUAUCAGACUUUCUUUUCCUUGCCUCCCUUCUACCUUUGACAACCUACGAAUUGUUUGGGGUUAUCGCAAAGUCCGAGAUUUACUGCCGAUUUCUUUGGCCAAUGUACACAAUCUUCUACCUCCUGAGUAUAUUUACUAUCACCUCCAUGGCGCUUCAACGUUGUCGUUCGAUUGUCUUCCCUCACCGGCCGAAACUGAGGCAACAAAAGGCGUUUGUUUGGGUGGCCGCCAUUUGGUUUGCAGCGUUCAUUAUCAUCUUACCCCUUGCUAUCGUGACAACGUCUGUCCCACCUGGUAAAUGCCACGAAAACUGGCCGAGCUCUCGUCACAGACAGGCAUACACCUUAGCACUUUUCCUCUUACAGUAUUUAAUACCCUUAGUGAUCAUUACCAUCGUGUAUGCUAGAAUCGCACUUUCCCUACUUCAUUUUGGUGACUUCAGGCGCAACGAUAGUUUUGCAACCGAGGAACAGCGCGCGGCGGAGGCAAGAAGGAUAAAGAGAAGAAAUCAGGCCAUCAGGACAUUAGCAGCCGUUGUCAUUUUGUUCGCCAUUUGCCUUUUUCCUGGGCAAAUAGCCUGGCUGUUGUUUGACUUUGGAAACGGUGGAAAAAGUCAGGAAAAGGCUAUCGAUACUCUUCUUAAUUUCUCAGACGUGCUGGAUAAUUUCCACGCCUGCGUCAAUCCCAUUAUUUAUUGCCUGUUAAGCACGCGGUAUCGCAAGGAAUAUUUCAGAUGUUUGCUUUAUUUAUUUCGUAAAAGUGGGGGAAAUUAGCUGGACAUUAGACCUAGGGGAAGGUUUAAACCAAGUCUAAUCGUAUAAAUAAACAAGGAAAAAUUUAAAUAAAAGGUGAAAAAGCGAGAUAAA